AUGUUAUCUGAUGUUCGAUUUUGGAAAACAAUAAAGUAUUGUCUAAAGUAUGUGAGCCCAAUUGUCAAAGUCUUAAGACUCGUUGAUGGGGAUGCUAAACCAGCCAUGAGAUAUAUUUAUGAAGCAAUGGAUAGGGCAAAGGAGCAAAUUGCAAACAAUUUCAAUAAGCAACUGCCAAAAUAUGAGCGAAUUUGGAAAAUUAUUGAUACAAGAUGGGAUUUGCAACUUCAUCGACCACUUCAUGCAGCUGGUUAUUUUCUUAAUCCCAAGUUUCAGUAUGACGAGUCAUUCAGUGCUGAUACGGAAGUGAAAAUUGGAUUAUACACAACAAUUGAGAAGAUGUUUUCGGAUAUCGAGACAAGAGUUAAAGUUGAUCAACAAUUAGAAAAGUUCAAAAGAGGAGAAGGAUUGUUCGGGAUAAGCAUGGCUACUUCGACUAGAGAUAAAAAAACAACCAGUGCAACAGGAAGUGAGCGAAACUGGAGCACAUUUGAGCAUGUUCAUUCUAAAAAAAGAAAUCGUUUAGAACAACAAAGAUUGGAUGCUCUCGUAUUUGUUAAGUAUAAAAUUCAACUUGAAUUAAGGCAAGCAAAGAGGGAGAAAUAUGGAGAGACAUACGAUCCAAUUUGUUUGAGUGAUAUGGAAUCCGAUGAUGAAUGGAUCACCGAAAUUGAAGAGAGUUGUCUAUCCGAAGACAACUCAUGGAUGGAUGUCAACGAAUGCUUCGAUGAUGAUGAAGGACUAGCAUCUACUAGUUAA